AAGGGAAACAGGUCCAAUAACCAAGCGUACUCGCUUACCACCAAAGUCACCGGCCAUCGGGGAGUACAAACAACCGACCGAACGAACGACCAACAAGUGCCCAAUUAUUGACGGUUUUCAAACCAGAAGAAGAAAUAACUCGCGGUGCAGAUUUCGCAAUUUCGUUCGUUUGAAAAAUUAUUCAAUUUCGUACUCAACGACGAUGCAGUACCGAGCGACGUCGAUAUGGACCCUGAUCGGUUGUCUGGCAGUCCUGGCCGGAACCACCUGGGCGGCGUAUGAGAGACCUGCAUACGUACUGCCCUGCCGGCGAAGUGAUCCGCAAAUCAACACAUGCAUCAAAAACUCCUUCAACUUCAUCCGGCCGUACAUUGCCGGCGGGCUGGCCGAACUGAAAACUCCCCCUCUGGAACCGCUGCGGAUCGAGCAGCUCGCCAUGGAGAACAAUGCCGGUGCCGUCCGGAUCAAGGCCCUAUUUACGGACAUCGUUGCCCAAGGUGCCGGCAACUACACCAUCAAGGACGUUCGCAGUGACGUCAAGAAGCUUCGGAUCGAUCUGAGCCUCGGGAUUCCACGUGUCGAAACCCGCGGCAAGUACGAGGUGAUCGGCAAUGUACUGCUCCUGCCGGUGCGAUCCAACGGGGAGUUUUGGACUGAGUUCUCUGAUAUCAGUGCCAUCGCCAAGAUCUACGGCAAACCGGUCGAACGGGAUGGCGAGACCUUCAUGAUGGUGGAGAAGAUGCUGGUGGACUUCACCAUGAAGAAUGCCCGCUUCAAGGUCAAGGACAAUGUCAACACCCAGAAUGUGCUAGGCGAAGCCAUCAAUCAAUUCCUGAACCAAAACGCCAACGAGCUGGUACAGGAGAUGAGACCGGCGGCUUCCCAGAGUAUCGCCAAGCUGUUCCGCAAAUUCCUGAACGAUGCCUUCAGUAACAUUCCGAUGCGAUUGUGGCUGCUGGAGAACUGAGAGGUCCGCGAGGGCGAAUGAGUGAACGAGAGAUGUUAGAGCGAAGCAGGCGCAGUCGCGAUCACGAUCGCGAGAGUGUUUGAGUGUUUGAGCAUGCAACUGUAAUAGGUGAUAAGCGCUUCUACCUAGCUGCUAAGUGAUAUUUCGAUAGAAUGUGUAGUGAGAGAGGUACUCUAUUUUCUACAUUGGUCAAUAAUAGUGUUGAAAGCUGGAAUCCCUGCCCGUAUCAGUCAAAAUUUAUGAAUCGACCAAAAUGACACAAGUUAUUAUUUAUUGAAGAUGUAGUACUGUUGUAAAGUGUUUCUUCUCCUCUUAAGUCAGUGUUUAAACAUACUGUUCGAGUUUUUUUCGCCGUACACUGCCUCUCCGGAUUGGGUACGAGAGGCUGUCCAGUACGAUGGGGAAAGACAGAAACGUACAAAAUCUAAAGGCGAAUAACGAUCGUCUAGUAUUUAAGAAUCAUAUGAUUGUAAAUAUGACAGUAGUAUUUUAUCGUGUAAAAUUCUUUUAAAAAAAUCGCUGAAAUCAGUAAAAGAAAAA